AUGACAGGAGCCGAGGUCAAGGAUAGAGCUACGCAGAGAGCCGUGGAUGCCCUUGCAUCGCAAUUGCGGCGGAGGCAACUUGUAGGUUCUAGGGAAGCCGCCCUUCAAACCGUACAUCUCCUUCGUAAAGUCGUCGCGGCCGCUAGAUUCGAUACAAUUGAUCAACUUCUCGAGACCGUGCGCUUGGUCGGAAAACGUCUGGCAGAAGCCCAGCCCCGAGAGAAUAGUGUCGGGAAUAUUGUCCGCAAGGUUUUAAAACUCAUUCGCGAUGAGUACGCUGCUGUGACUACACUUGAGGAGGCGCAGGCAACUCUCGGCGUGCCCAAAAAUUCAUCUUCUCGAGAAGAGUUCUUUCGAACUGGGCAGGAUCCGUUGACUGGUUUUGCUUCUACUUCAUCAGUUGCUCGAUUUGUUCUGAAGGGAAGGCCUACCGCGGUACCUGGCCACAGAUCCGCGCAAUCAGGUUCUGAGACCCCUGACACGAUGCACUCGGGGGACGUGAACAGAAAGGCGCAAUCAAUCAAGCCAGCAUUAAUAGAUGCAAUACAGGAGGUCAUCGAUGAACUGGAGACCGUGUACGAAAAUAUCUCUAAGAAUGCGCGCGACCACAUACACUCAGAUGACAUUGUGCUGACUGUAGGAAAAUCAAAGACCGUAGAGUCAUUCUUCAAAGCUGCAGCUCGAGAUCGAAAGUUUACUGUCAUCGUCGCUGAAACAGCGCCCUCCUACUCGGGUAGGGAGAUGGCAGCAUUAUUGGCUGACGCCAAGAUUAGCACCGUCCUUGUUCCUGAUUCAUGCUUAUAUGCAUUGAUGUCCCGUGUAAACAAAGUAGUCCUUGGAGCGCAUGCUGUCAUGGCCAACGGCGGCAUGUUCGGGAUAUCUGGCUCACUCCUCGCUGCUUCAGCGGCCAAGGAUCAUUCUACCCCCGUAAUUGUUUGUACCGGACAGUUCAAGUUGACGCCACUGUGGAAUUUGCAUUACCAAUAUGCAUCAGUAGACCUGGGAGAUCCCGAACAGGUCCUGAAUCUUUCGGAACUAGAAUACAACAUUCGAGAAGAAAAUGUCGACAUCCUUAAUCCCUGGUUUGAUUAUGUGAAGCCCGAGUUGAUUGACGUUCUCAUAACGAACUAUGGCGAUCACCCGCCAGCAUAUGUGUAUAGGUACAUAUCUUGGAAUCCCCUCUCUUUGGUUUCUCAUGCUCUCGACAGGAUGGUAACAGAGAUGUACGAUGAAGAAGACAACAAACUUUGA